CAGUGUAUAAAAGGAAUCCGUUUUGCAAGUACCAAUGAAUCUACCACAUCAGAAUCUUCAACUAUCAAUCGUCCCACAGGUAGUAAAUAUAGUGAAGUAACGAAAAAAUUAGUAUACGGUAUGGCGCAUCUUCUCGGUUAUUAUUCCAAAGGCUCUACUGCCAUUCGUGCCAGUCAUCAACUUUAUAAUGUAUGUGCUCAACAAAUGGAACUCAACAAAGAUUUUUAUGUCAACAAAUGCAAUCUACCUGAUAAUUUUCAAUCAUGGUUCUCUGUGACUCAGUUACAUGUUUGGAUGUUGAUGGUACAUUUACGGGCUCAUGAUCAAGGCAAAUUAUAUAUUCAAGAAGUGGUCAAUCGACUUUUUGAAGAUUCUGAAGCUAGAAUCCGAGAACAUGGUGUAAGAAUAAGAGAAAAUAUAUAA